GCAGCAGAAGAGGCUUCAUAAAUUGCGCGCUAAUGAUCUGACUUGGCCUUUUGGGAAAACCGGGAAAGUGGCCUACGUGAUGUGAUGUAUUUUUGAUAACCACGUUUCAAUGAAAAAAAUCGAACGAAGAUGGCGAAUGAAUCAGAGGGCAACAAGCGAAUUUCGCCGUUGCUCGAGUAUGGGAUCACAAAAGCUGUCUUGCACUGUUUACCUAAUAUUCUAGAACUCAAUAAAGCCGCCACUGUAUGCAAAUCGUGGAAUGAAACGGCGAAAAUCAUAAAGAAGAACAGAAAUCAAAUAUACUCCACGUCUAAUAUAGAUUCGUACGAAGACUACUCUUGUGUACAAGAGCUCUUGUCUUGUAUGAGGAGUCAGCCCUGUGUCUGUCUUGUGUUUCUGACUCAUGCAGGGUUGGCUGAGAUACCUCCACCACUCCCCGAACUGAAAUUAGACUGUCAUAAUGGGGCUCACUUUGGCCGAUGUACAGAGUAUAGACUGUUGCAUUACCUCAGAAGAAGCAUGCCUUCGGACUGUAUCAUUGUUGGAGGUAUAGCAAAUGGAGUUGUCACAUCUACACCUUCUCUACUGACACACGAAGUAGAAGAAGGAGAUGGCUACGGAUUGUUAUUCAUCCCUGAGAUUCAAAAUUUAUCGAUAAGAAAUUUUCAUCUUGAUAGGCAGAAGAUGAAAAAUGUUGGCAAGGCAAUAACUAGUCAAACAGAGGAAGUUGGGCGGCUGUUAAAUAUUAAGGAUGAUGACCAAGUCCAGUGUCUAGUGUUACUGGGAACUGAUGCAUAUAAAGAAUCUAAGUGUAUUGAAGCCCUCUGUCGAUAUUUUCAAGACAAAAGAAACCAGAAUAUAGCCAUUGGAGGUGGAUUUGUGGAAGCAGCUAUCCAUCCGGAUGUGGUAGACGGUGAUCGCGAGUACGGCAUCACAGGGCUAGUUUUCUGCGGCCCGAGGGUUAAGGCAAACUCAGUUAUCGUUCCACCUGAUGCUACCUCCGAUUCCGAUAUUGAACGAAUACUUGUUCAGUUAAAGGAAAAACACCUCAGCUCAUUUUCUGGCGAGAAGAUGAAAAGCAUUGGCUUCAUGGUCGCAUGCGUUGCCAGAGGUACCCAUCUCCACGGUCGGUCUGGUGUCGAAUCAGCAAUAUUCCGCAAACACUUCCCUACCACGCCAUUGCUGGGUUUCUUCGGCAAUGGUGAAAUUGGCAUCAAUUGCCUUGGCCCAGCUUCACUAACGACAGCUCCCCAAUCAUUCCAAUCCAACCUGCCUAGCGCUCCCAAAAAAUCACGAAUCACAUAUCUCCACUCUUAUGCCACCACAUUCACCUUGAUCUCCUUCCCUGUCGAAUAACAUCUACGAGUGACUGAUUCCAGAAGCACCAGGACGUCAAGACUACAGGGAGAUUGAAUAAGGUUUGUUUUCCUUGAGAACCGCGGAGUAGAGGAGGAAGUUUUGACAAGACGUGGACAGUGGACACCUCUUCUUCUCGUGGGAAGAAGAAAAAAAAUGUUUGAUGUGCGUAUCGUAAAUUAUGCGGUAAAGCCUGUAGGCAGUUUUGAUUCUUCUAGUUGUGAAGGGAGGCAGGGUGGGCUAAAGAAGGUGGUUGAGUAGGCGGGAAACUCCAGGAGUUCUUGUGUUUUGGGAUAAAAAUAGAAAUAAAAAAAAAAUCAACUUUCUCCUUGGAGGAAGUCGCGUGAAAAUUGUCGUAAUCCAAGGUCGGUCAAUGUGAUGGAUGGUUGGAUGAAUUUAAACACGUGUGUACGCCCUUUUGCACCCUUUUACGAAUUCUGUAAUGAACAUAACCGGCCGUCGACACCUAACGAUAGCGCUGUAUUAAAAUAACCGGAGGAUAAAGCAAGCUUUCGUUUAUGCAAAAACUAAUUUUAAAAAGUAGUUUAUCGUGAUGAAAUCGAAUGUUCCAGUUGACAUGCGAUUGGUGCUGGGGCGAGCACACACUUGAGACCGUUGUACAGUAGUAGGAAACCCAGAUUGAAUUUUGUAAAAAAAAAAAAGCAAAGCGAAAUAGUAAUGGAGAAAAAAAAAAACUCGAAAGAACAAGUACGUAGAAACAGAGAAAUUAUAAGUAUAUAUAUGUGAAACUUGGACUAGAACCCGCCUCUGUCGGGUUCCUAGCGGACGCGACCGAGUCAUACCGUAAGAGGGAGAAGAGAACCAGUCUUUGGGUGCGCUUCUCCAGUCGACUUUCAGCGUUUGAAGACGCCGGUUGUGUCUACUUUAGUGGGUCUCGUGUGCGGUGAUUCGGUUUCAAAACCUCUUGUGUCACUACUCUCUGAACUCUUAAACUUUAAACUCCCCCGCUGUUUAGGAUCAGUGAAGAUCCGUACUGUUUAUGCUCUCGUGCUUACUCGUGAUUCUGAUUAUUUAGGAUUUUUUUUUUUUCAUUUCUCCUCCGCAAAAAAAAAUUGUGAUCGUAUGCAUUUCCCAUUUUGGUGGAUUGGAAUUAUCUGAAUUGUGCAACCAAUAAAUAAAACACACAUACACAUA